GCACUCGUGCAUUUUCGUUUCAUACAGUUGGCAGCAGUUUUUAAAAUCCGUUCGCGUCUUGUAAUUUUUCUUGUAAUUAGCAAUUAGGCUCAAACUUUGCUCCAAAAUGCCCAAAAACAAGCAUUCUAAAAAGUCCGACACCUCAGACUCCGAUUCUGGUCCCGAGGAUAGAGGCCCCGCGAAGAAGCAGAAGACGCAAGGCAAGGCCAGUGGCGACGGCGAUGAGACCUCGUGGGAUUUGGGGAAGAACCGGUUCGUGAAAUUGACCGAGUUUAAGGGAAAAUGGUACGUGAAUAUCCGCGAGUUUUACAACGCCGAUGGGGAGCUGCGCCCCGGCAAAAAGGGGAUCAUGUUGACCAUGGAGCAGUGGCACAAAUUCAAGGAGGUCAUGCCCGACCUUGAGGCGGCAAUCAAGAGAAAUGUUUGAAUUGGUUUCUUAUUUAUGUGUUAAUAAAUAAAGUUGAGUUCACUAAA